AUGAAAUUUACUCUGUACAAAUAUACAAAAUUACUUAAGCAUGAAUACAACAAUAGGAAUAGCUUAAAAUGGCUAUGUUUCGUUAUUUUUUCUUGUAUAAUCGUUGUAUUAUUUUUGCAAUUCAUACAAUAUAUAACGAUAAGAUCUGACUAUGUGGCACUGCCAGAAAGAAUUAAGCACAAUAACAACUUCUUUGUUAAAACAAAAGGAUGUAGGAUUCCUUUCAUGGAUGCAUGGGACAACUCGAUAAAAAAAUAUGUAAAAAAAGUAAAGGCCCCAAUUUGCAAUAAUGGGAAACCAGCGUUAUUUGGUUUUAAUUUCACUUCAAUUUUCUUGAUUGAAUCAUCUUUAGAGGUGUACAAUAUUACUGAGAAAAGUUUGCUUACUUGUUGUUAUCAAAAUAUAACUAGGCAAAAUCCAAAACUAAAAGAGAACGACAAUAAAAUGUCUAUUGGCAAAAUCUGCACACCUGUAAAAGAAGGUGUAGCAAGUAUUAAGGAUGAAUAUAUUAUUCUUACGUGUGACUACAAUAAAACUAAAGUAUAUACGGAUGUAUUUUGGUUUGUACCUUCUAAAAUUGACAAGGAAAAGCAGAAAACAUUUGACGUACACCCUUUAAACGUUUUAAUUGUGGGUUUAGAUGCAGUAUCCAGAUUAAAUUUACAUAGACAAAUGCCCAAAACUGUUGAUUAUCUCCAUAGCAUAGGAUCCAUAGAACUGCUUGGUUACAAUAAAGUCGGCGAUAAUACAUUUCCGAAUCUAAUACCUGUGUUGACAGGACAAUUUGAGGAAGAAAUUAAAAAAACGUGUUGGCUAAAAAAUCUUCAUUUUGACAACUGUACAUAUUUGUGGGACUUAUAUAAGGAAAGGGGAUAUGUAACUUCAUUCGGAGAAGAUUCAACGUGGAUGGGUUUAUUUAAUUACCAACGUAGGGGAUUCACAAAUCAACCUACCGAUUAUGCGUAUGGUUAUUACAACCGUAUAUCGGAAAAAAAAAUUGGGAAUUCUCACAACUUUAAUGUUUUUGAAUGUAUUGGGUCUAGAGAUAUUUACAAAGAUCUUUUAAAUUAUAUGACGAGUGUUACGUUGAGAAUGAAAAUGGAUGAGACACCUUAUUUUGCCUUUUACUGGGGAGCUAGCUUAUCCCAUGAUUAUUUAAAUAAACCCAGUAUUGGUGACGGUGAUUAUUUAAGAUAUUUUAGGAACCUAAAGGAUCAAGGUUAUUUAGAAGACACUGUUUUAAUAUUCAUGAGCGAUCAUGGAAUUCGAUGGGGAGAUAUUCGUCAAACAUAUCAAGGCAGAAUGGAAGAACGAAUGCCUUUUGUAUUUAUAAGACUUCCCGAAUGGUAUAUUAAAAAGUUUGAUCAAGCUUACAAUAACUUAUUGGAAAAUGUCCAUAAACUAACUACACCAUUUGAUUUGCACGAAACAAUAAAGGAUCUACUAGACCCGUACCAACUGACGGCUGAUUAUUUACACAAUAGGGACACAUCGAAUCAUCGCGGUAUUAGUUUAUUCAGUGACAUCCCAGAAACAAGAACUUGUGAAUCUGCUGCCAUUGAUGCACAUUGGUGUACAUGUCAACAGAGCGUUGAAAUAUCAACCAAUCACACAACGGUGGUAGAAGCGGGUAACUAUAUUGUUUCUCAUAUGAAUAGCCUCCUUGAAGGGAAUGCCGAAUGUGCUAAUUUGGUUUUGGAUCAAAUUGUGAAUGCUAGACUUAUGGUUCACGGCAAAAAAAUUAUGGGAGGAAAAUUGCAAUUUCAAGAUUACAUGAUUACUGUUAGAACUCUUCCGGGGGAAGGACUAUUUGAAAAUACAGUAAGAUAUUUUUUAAACAGUAAGACUUUCAAUGUAACUGGCACAAUUAGUAGAUUGAAUAUGUAUGGGAGUCAGAGUGCAUGCAUAACUGAUUACCAUUUGAAAUUGUAUUGCUUUUGCAAAUCUUUAUUAUGAUUUUGAUCUUCUAGAACAAG